GGAUAACAACGCUGUCCCAUCCAACAGCAUCGUCUCAAAAGUAUAUUACACCCUCCAUCUGGUUCCCACUAAGUGUGCUCCGCCGCGAGGAGUGUGAGGAGGAGACUUCAUGAUAGAAGAGGGUCGCUCAACAAAAGCAUCGCUCUGCCUCCAUUUGUCUUUUAAACAGAAGAAAGUUGAAGACGUCCUGAAGGGAGAAGGUUGAGGCGUCGCGGUGGAUCCUGUCAUCCUCACCUGAUUGUCCCUCAUUCCCUUCACCUGGUCCUCACGCCCUUCUCACCUGCAGCCCAUCCCCUCAUUAGUUCCUAACCAUUUAUCUCCCUCACUUCCACUUGUCCUCUGCCAGAUUGUCUUGUGUGUCACCGCCAAACUUUCCAGCGAAUUCCUAGUACUAGUUCUGAUCUGCCUGUUACGACCCUGUUUGCCUGUUCACCCGACUUGAGAUUUUUGCCUGCCCCUUUUGGAUUUGUUGCCCUGUUUGACGGACCACCCGGUUUUGACCCUGCCUGAAACAUUAAUUGUGAGUGUGGAGUCACCUCCAGUCUUCUAACGAGAACCAGCUCAGGCAAAGCACAGCAGGAGGAAGCCAUGAAGAAGAUGGACAACACAGCCACAGGCAGCUGGACUCUAGACAACAACCCUACCUCCUCUGCAGUGAAGAACUCCUGCCACCCCAAUCUGAAGAUGUUCCUUGCGUCCUUGUCCUUUGCCUACUUUGCCAAGGCUUUAUCCGGCAGUUACAUGAAGAGCACAAUUACACAACUAGAAAGGCGAUUCGACAUCCCCAGUUAUCUGAUCGGCAUCAUAGACGCAAGCUUUGAAAUGGGGAAUUUGUUGGUCAUUGCCUUUGUGAGCUAUUUUGGUGCCAAACUCCACCGACCUAAGAUCAUCGCAAUUGGCUGUAUCUUGAUGUCUUUUGGGACCUUUUUGAUCGCCAUGCCUCAUUUCAUCAUCGGCCGCUAUAAGAUCGAAACUUCAGUUAGAUGGUCUGUGAAUUCAACCAAUAACCUCUCUCCAUGUCCAGCAAGCUCACCUGAGUCCACCAGUGCAGGUGACGGACCUACUAUACUGCCCUCUAGAGGCUGUGAGCGAGAGUCCAGUGUUUCUAUGUGGAUCUAUGUGUUUCUGGGAAAUGUCCUGCGUGGGAUAGGAGAGACUCCGGUCCAGCCUUUGGGAAUCUCCUAUAUUGAUGAUUACGCUCAGUCAGAGAAUGCUGCCCUCUAUAUUGGAUGUGUCCAAACAAUAUCAAUCAUCGGUCCUGUCUUUGGGUACCUGCUGGGAUCGCUGUGUGCCAAGAUAUACGUUGACAUUGGUUAUGUGGACAUGGAGACGGUGACUAUCUCCCCUGGUGAUGCCCGCUGGGUGGGGGCCUGGUGGCUGGGCUACCUGAUCGCUGGUACCAUCACCCUUAUGUCAGCCAUUCCUUUCUGGUUCCUGCCUAAAUCUCUGCCCAUGCCUGUGGAUAAACACAAAACCAGCUGCACUCCAGAGCAAACCAGCUUCAUCAAAGACUCCCCAACCACGGGGCACAAGUUCAGACCUGAGGAGCCAGCUAGUUUUCAUCAGAUGGCCAAAGAAUUUGUGCCCACAUUGAAGAGCCUACUUGGAAAUCCUGUCUACAUCACUUUCUUAUGCGUGACCAUCAUUCAGUUCAACUCUCUCAUCGGGAUGGUCACGUACAAACCAAAAUACAUCGAGCAACACUACGGCCAGUCAGCGUCAAAAGCCAAUUUUCUCAUGGGCAUGAUCAACAUCCCGGCUGUGGCCCUGGGCAUGUUCUCUGGAGGGGUUAUCAUGAAGAAGUACAAGUUGAGCAUCAUGGGAGCAGCUAAAUUUGCCUUUGGGACCUCAUUGCUGGGCUACUUCCUGUCGCUCAUUUUCUUAGCCAUGGGCUGUGAGAACUCCAAGGUGGCAGGCAUCACAGUCUCAUAUACCGGAGUGGAACGCUUGUCUUAUGAGGAACAGGCUCUCUCCUCUGACUGUAACUCGGGUUGCAUGUGCUCGAGAAGGGAGUGGGAUCCGGUGUGCGGAGAGAACGGGAUCACCUACAUGUCCCCCUGCUUGGCUGGAUGCACCUCCUCCACUGGGGCUGGCAGAAACACGGUGUUUGACAAUUGUAGUUGUGUAUUGCUUGCUGACACCCAACGAGGCAACCUCACGGCCACUCUGGGCCAGUGUCCACGCAGAGACAGCUGUGACAAAAUCUUCCCCUACUUCCUGGCUCUGUCUGUGCUCAGCUCCUUCAUCAUCUCUCUCGGGGGAACACCUGCCUUCAUGCUGCUCGUCAGGUGCAUUAAGCCUGAAUUAAAAUCCCUCGCUCUUGGAAUCUACACGUUGGCCACUCGCACACUCGCUGGAAUACCUGCCCCGAUAUACUUUGGAGCAAUUAUCGACACAACAUGCCUGAAAUGGGGAAUCAAGAUGUGCGGAGGAAGAGGAGCAUGCAGAAUUUAUAACACCUCAGCCUACAGGAUAGUGUACCUGGGUCUGACUUUGGGCUUAAGGACAAUCUCCUUCUUCCUCUGUAUUUAUGGCUUUGCUCUAUUAAAAAGACAUAUAAAGAAGGAGGAGAAAAAUGCUCUGACUAAUGGGAGUGCAGAGUUGGAGUCACUAAGGAAAGAAGACAAGAGCUCCGUCCACUGUGAGCAGUUUAUACUGGCCUGCAACCCGGACAGAGAGACUCACUUGUGAGCCUCAGCACAAGCUCUGCUCUCCUGACUCCACGGAGCAUCUCAGUCAUCGAGAAACACAAACUGUGGACUCUUUCCAUAGCAUUCAGAGUAUAUACAUUUAAACUGGAUGUGCGGAGAUGACGAGUCAUUUUAAAAACUAAAUAUACUAUUUCUGUAAUGUAUAAAUAUAUGUUUGUGUUUUUCAUGAACGGAAGACUUGUAGAAAAAAUAAUGUAAUUGUGCUGUAUUUUCUAUGUUUGUCUUAGUUUUUAUGAAUAAAACUUGAUAAAAUACAACGCUGACGCCAAACCACAACGUUAGUGUCUUCUGUCAACAAAUAGGGUCAACAAGCAGAGGAAAGCUUGAGCAGCACAGAAGCAGCUGCCCUCUAAACGACCUUUUUGUUGGCAGACUGGGAAACUUUCUGGACAGAUGUAACAAAAAGCAUCCCGUCACUUAAAUUUAACCUUUUGUGUUAAUAUCAAUCAUAUAUUAGAUAAUGUAAUCAGCCUUAUCGGUAUGACAAUGAGGGACACAUUCUGGGGUUUUUAAUGUUUAUUUUUCACAGUGUCAAGAAUUGCCGGACUAACUCUGAAUUGUUUGUUAAAUUAUGCAUAUUACGGUUUGAAGGUAGAUCUACCAUUCCAGGAUGCUUAGGAAAGCUAGUUGAAACAAGACAAGUGCUUAGCUCACUGAAAGAAAUUAAACAACUUUAGUUUAAUUAACUCAUGCACAAUCUCUUCAUUGACAUUCAUUUUAGCAUAAUAACAUGUUGGGAUGAUAUUAAUUAAAGUUACCAUAUUUAUAAAGCUUCCGAGACACUAUUUCAAUCCCUUUGUACACUUUUACUGCAGAAGAAUAACAUGCACAAAUACAUGUUUUAUGUUCAUGGCAAAGACUUUAAAAAAGUAGAUGUUUUCAGCUUUUGAGAACUUGGUAUGCUCUUGUUUAUCCAAUACUAUAGCGUAUAGUUUGUUUUAUCCCAUCAAUUCAAAAUGUGUCUCAGUUUAAACUUUAAAAGAAUAUUCAAUGAGU